AUGACUGUGGAAAGUCCUAUUAUGCAUUUGGUGAAGCCAAGUGUGAGUGCACCAAUGGCUGGUACAGCUGGCUCUGCAUGCAAGAUCAAGAUUCACACCUCUGCUGUGUUACAAGUUUUGGAAAUUGUAUCCAAACAAGUGUUACCCGAAAACAAGAGAAUGAUCGGAACAUUAUUGGGGAUAAGACUGGACGACGGACUGCUUUUUGAGAUUAAGGAUGCUUUUAUGGUCCCAUGUAAUGAGACUGGAGAUUCCAUUGCCAUUGAAGAGGAAACACACAGGAAAUUAUACCAAUUAUAUAAGAAGGCUCACUUGAAGGAACAUGUUUUAGGAUGGUUCGGUAGUUCUGAACAAAUAGAUAAUACUACUGCUUUAAUCCAUGAUUUCUAUUCUCAUGGUACCGACCGUGCAUAUCCAUCUCCUGCUUUACAUUUGAACGUACAAUACAUAAAAGAUGGUGAAGUCCAUGUUCCUGAAUUCACCACUUAUUUGGGAGCUGUUAUUGGUAAGAGUGCCAAUAAUACUCAAAAGAUGGGUUGGAAGACUGUUUCCAAUAACAAUUCUUAUGUUUUCACCCCUAUUCCUCAUGCGAUUGUUGAUGGUUCAAGCACUGAACAAAUUGCUGCCAACUUUUUGAAGACAAAGACUGUUAAUGUCGAUUCUACUCAAUUAUCUCUGGAUUUAUCCUUUUUGACUACUCAAUUGAAUGCUGUUACUGACAAUAUCGAUGCUAUAUUGAACCGUGUGGAAUCCGCUUCCUUAGAUGCAUUACAAAAUGAUGACAACUUAGACUUAUUGCGGUUGUUAAGUAACAGCUUGUUAUCAAAGCCUCAAAUCUUGGAUGACAUGGAAGAAUUAAGAAGACAUUUCCAUAACCAUAACCAAGAUGUUAUUAUGAUUGAAUACUUGACAAAGGCCGUCAAGGAACAGAUUGAAUUGAUUGCUAAGGCCACUUCGGAUGCCGACAAGAAGCAUUAG